ACAAGGAAGAGGAGGGAGGAACCACGACCAAACGCAUCGAGCUCUGUACAGAGGAUAUAUAAAGCGUUAGUGAAAGGAAAUAUACCAUUCCCAUGCCAAGAAAGAAUCACACCUCACUUUCUCGUUCUUGAUUCAACGCCCACAUAGCAAUCAAUUUUCUCUUUCGCGCGCGCGGCUUAUCGAAUUGAUUUCAGCUCAAAUGCGGAUCUCUUUCUCCUGCCCGUUAUCGGAGUACAUCGACGUGGAGAAUAACCUUGAAGCGAUUCUUGUGAAAUCUGUAUAUUUUGCAAAUGAGGAAGCGAAGACUGUCGUUCGAUCCGUCAGUUUUGGCGACCGGGAUUCGCAGCCCACGAUAAUGAAAACCUCUGGAAACAAAAUGGCGACAGAGGCCUCUGUUAGUUUUAAGAAAAUAGAGCCCGAGACCACCAACUCUAUUAACACUAAACUGGAGGAAGUCCAAUCUCCGAGAUCCGAGGAGCUGCCCAUUUUGGAUCCAUCCAACCCCAAACACAAUGCGGCGAUAAAACUCCAGAAAGUUUACAAGAGUUUCCGCACGAGAAGGAAGCUGGCGGAUUGCGCAGUUCUCGUUCAGCAGAGGUGGUGGGAGGUGUUAGACUUUGUCGAACUCAAUAAUAGCUCAGUAUCUUUCUUUGAUGAGGCCAAACACGAAACAGCCAUUUCUCGAUGGUCAAGAGCUAGAACACGGGCUGCUAAGGUUGGGAAAGGUCUAUCGAAGAACGACAAAGCUCAGAAACUUGCGUUGCAGCACUGGCUUGAAGCUAUUGAUCCGCGGCAUCGUUAUGGGCAUAACCUUCAUUUUUACUAUGUCAAGUGGCUCCACAGUCAGAGUCGAGAACCCUUCUUUUACUGGUUGGAUGUAGGGGAAGGGAAAGAAGUGAAUCUUGUUGACAAAUGCUCGAGAUUGAAGCUUCAGCAGCAAUGCAUCAAGUACCUCGGACCGGUGGAAAGGAAGGCAUAUGAAGUUUCGCUGGAGGGCGGGAAGCUCUUUUACAAGCAAAGCGGUGAGCCUCUCCACACCAUGGGCGAAGCAGGAGAUGUCAAGUGGAUUUUUGUCCUGGGCACCUCAAAGACGAUGUACGUGGGCAGAAAGAAGAAGGGCUCGUUCCAACACUCGAGCUUCUUGGCUGGUGGGGCAGCUUUGGCUGCGGGAAGAUUAGUUGUCGAAGACGGGAUUCUGAAGGCAGCAUGGCCUCACAGCGGUCAUUACCGACCCACAGCAGAAAACUUUCGAGACUUCCUUUCGUUUCUUCAAGAGAAUGACGUGGAUCUAACAGACGUAAUGUUGUCGCCGGUAGACGAGGGAGAACACUCCUUGACAAGAAGCGGCACCUACUUGAGAAGCAAUCCUUCCGCGGAGGACUUGUCUGGGAAGUUUGAUUCAUCGGAGAUAGGUGCAGAUAACUCAGCUGAUGAGACAAGAGAUUCAGAGGAAAAAGAGACUAGCCCUUCUACAGAAUUAAGGUCUCCUAAACCAAGUCGAAUCCAGAGAUUUAGUGAAAAGCUGACCAAUCUCGAAAUACCGAAAAGGAAUGAAUUGAUCGAGAGUUUUGAGAGCGAGAAUCCCGAUCUUGAUUCUCCUGUGGGCGGUUAUGAGACCGCAGAGGAUGCAUUUGCUUCCGGACAUGACGAUAAUCGGGCAGAGAACAAUUUGGAAGAACGGCCCCCGCAGAUGAAGCAAAAUAGCCCCCGUCCGGAGUCGAGCUCUAUGCAACCAAGGAAAUGGACAACUGGGGCCGGACCACGCAUCCGUUACGUGAGGGACUACCCUCCUGAGCUUCAGGUCCGGGCACUUGAGCAUGUGAACUUAUCCCCGAGAAGUGCAGGGCUUUCAAGGUCGUACUUCUCUCCACGGAGUGCCAGUCGACUUAGCCCGGUGAAGCUAAGCUCGACCGUGUCGGAGACUGAACAUCCUUGGGAAGGAAGUGUCCAUUGCAGGCCGAAGUCCGCGUUGAGUAGGAGUCUUCCUGAUUGGCUUCCUAUUCUUUCCAUGUGA